AAUUACUCUUGGAGUUGACGUGAUCGAUUUUCUCCUCACGAGACGAUACGUGGCAUAUUUUUCACUUGCGUAGAGGACAAUUGAGGUUUAAAUGCUCAGAACUCGUCACGGUGUAUCAUAGUCCAUGAAUGUUGUGAAACUGUCCUGAAAAGUUAUCUCCACCGGAAAGACACUGAUUUCUCCUAGAACGCGGGAGCGCUUUCAGAAACAUUAUCCGUAAAAAGAGCAACCCAUCUGCACGGGAUUUACAAUUCUCAUCACGAGUGAGCUUAGAGAGAUGGGAAAAGCUGUAGCGUAUUUCUUGGUGGUGGUCAUCGGUGUCGGGGCAGAAACCAUCUGUCGAGAUCAGAGAUGGUUUCGAGACUCCCGUUACUGCCUCAUAGAUGAGCAGAUGCCGUGGCAGAACGGCUUCACAAUCUGCUCAGACAUGGGCGGUGGCUUGGCGAUACCUGACUCAAUGGAGGAGCAACAGUUCAUCUGGGAGAUGUUCACAGACACGAUCUCCACGGAAGAUGUUUGGAUCGGCUGCAUAUUCAAGAAUGACCAAUGGGUGUACCCUGGCGAGGGAGGCCAGGUGUGUCAGUACACCAACUGGGCACCAAACGAGCCGAUACAGAAUGAUGGGUGCGUACAUCUGUGGCGUAGUCAUGCCGGCGAGUGGAAUGACCUUCCGUGCUCUUGGUCUCAAUUCGUGAUCUGUGAGAUUCCUACUGUUCCACCGGUUACCCCGCGGAUGUCUUGCAUGCAAGCGCAUGCUUACAUGUACGUACGCCUCCCAACCCACUGCCUGACCGGUCACGUCAUCAAGGAGUUUCCCGUCAAGGGUGCCAUCGCCUGUGGUUCGGCGUGCCGGGACGAGCCUCGAUGCCGCUCCUUUCAACUGCGUCGGCGCAGCCCCGGAGAAAUAAUCUGCCAGUUGAAUGACAUCAAUCGCUACCAAGCACAUGAAAAAGACAUCAAACUGGACAGUGCUUGCGAUUAUUUCAAUAUGACUGUCUAAUAAAAUGCAGCUUGUUAGUUGAAGACAACUGUAGACUACAAUCAUCAAAAGGACAUGAUGGGAAAGCGUCAAAAAAUCGCGUCAUGUGUGAAUUUUGGUUUUAACACCUCACUAUCGUAAAAAAAAACUUAU